GGUCCCGGCUGGCGCUUCGUGGACGUGCUGGGCUUCGAGGAGGAGGCGUUGGGUGCCGUGCCGACUCCGGCCUGUGCGCUGCUGCUGCUGUUCCCCCUCACUGAACAGCAUGAGAACUUCAGGAAACAACAGACUGAGAAAAUAAAGGACCAAGAAGUCAGUUCCAAGGUGUAUUUCCUGAAGCAGACAGUCAGUAACUCCUGCGGGACAAUUGGUCUGAUACAUGCAGUUGCUAAUAAUAAAGACAAACUGAAGCUCGAUGAGGGGUCUGCCCUGAAGAAGUUUCUUGAUGAAACAGCUGAUCUGUCUCCUGAAGAGAGAGCUAAGCAUUUUGCAACUAAUAAGGCUAUACAAGAAGUCCACAAUUCAGUUGCACAAGAAGGACAAUGUCGGGUUGAGGACAACAGUGUGAACUUCCACUUCAUCCUGUUUGUCAAUGUGGAUGGACAUCUCUACGAAUUGGAUGGGCGUAUGCCAUUUCCUGUAAACCAUGGCACAAGCUCAGAUGACUUGCUAUUGAAGGAUUCUGCUAAGAUCUGCAGACAAUUUACAGAACGUGAAAAAGGAGAAGUUCGUUUUUCUGCUGUGGCUUUCUGCAAGUCUGCCUGAGACUGAAAAGAAGCAAGGAAAGCAUUCUAAUAGCACACCAAUAAAUGCAGUUUAAACUCCAGUGCUUUAGUACUUGUUAAACACAGCUGUUCUGGUAAACUUAAGUUUCCACCUUUUGCUGUACACAGAAGCAACAUCAACUGAGCUUAUGUUAAAGGAAGAGCUCAAGUUUUAAUGUGAGCAGUUUGGAUACAUCAGGUGUCUUUAGACUUUUUUCACAUGUUAAGUAGAGAAUGCUUAACAGGGCUUGUUUAAUCUGUGUCAUGUAUAUUGAGCUAUUGGUUGAUAUUUCCUUGUCCUUAAUAAGAAUAAAGUGUUCUGCUGGAA